AUGUCGGGGUUUUCGGAGGCUGCUAUGCGCGAACGUCUAAGUAAACUGAGACCUCAACAGGACUGUAUUAAUACCCUUUCAAUGUGGUUGAUGCACCAUCAUCGACAUACCGAUGAGAUUGUCCAGAUAUGGCUGAAGGAGGUGAGAAAAGAGACGAAUUCUUCGCAAAUCGUCAAUUUGCUGUACAUUGCCAAUGACGUUAUCCAGAACAGUCGUAAAAAGAAUCCUGAAAUGAUGGCGAAAUUCUUCACCGUUCUGGAACCAGCAUUCCGACACGCCGCAAAGAUUUCUGGGCCAGAGCUUGAUAAAGCAAUGAUCAAAACCCUGAACGUAUGGAGGGACCGACAGAUUUACAACGAGGAUCAGUUGGGAAUCCUGGACGCUGUGGUGAAACGAAGGAAGUCUACUGGUAGUAACAACCUAACUUCGCACCACUCACAUGUUCACGCUCCUCACGUUCCCGAGCUUUUUCCAACAUCAGUCACAGCUCCCGCUCCGCCUCCUGAAUAUGAUUCAGAGUCCGUUAGCACAAAUGUAACGGAGGUAUUGGAAUCCUUACGUAAACUUGAUUAUCCACCCAGCGCGGAUGCUGAAGUUAGACACAAGAUUGCAUCUUACUCUGAAAUGAUUGCCACGCCACAAUCGCUCGACACAAUUAGGAACAGUGCAGAGGCGAGGAAGUUGUUAUCGGAAAUUGCUGAAGCCGAACCACUUGUGAAAGAAUACUGUCAAAGGUUGGCCGAUGAAAUGUUAGAGCGCAGAAAUUUGCAAAAACUUUUUGACGAUAUGAUUGUCAACGUUCGAGCAACUGUCGACCUUCAUGAAAGAUUGCUGAAGGAGGUAAAGAAGAAAGAAGAGCGUGCACGCAGUGAUCUUUGUGAGGUGAGACUGCCUAACUAA